AUAAAAGAGUAGAGGAAUUUUCUUUGAUUCGUAUUAGUAAUAAUUUGCUUUGACUGGAAUUAAAGGCCGACGACGAUGGCUGCUGCUUCCACACCGGCCGGCGGCUAUACCAACAUCCCGCCGAUGAGCAAUCCAUUACAUCAGCUACCCACCGACUUCUCUUCCCGCGCCGCUCAAAUCCACCACUCCUUCGCCUCCGCACUCCGCCCAUGGCGAGAAUUCCUCGACAUCAACGUAAUCAGCCCUCCAAUCUCUUUAUCGGAAGCCACCUUCCGCGUCCGCAAGAAUCUCCACUACUUCCGCUUGAAUUACACGCUCCUCUCUCUUCUCGUCCUCUUCCUCAGCCUCCUCUUUCAUCCGAUCUCACUCAUCGUCUUCUUGAUAACCUUCGCCGCCUGGCUCCAUUUCUAUUUCUAUCGGGACGAGCCUGUGACGAUUUUCGACCAUCAGAUUCACGAUCUGGCGGUGCUGAUUGUUUUGAGCUUGGUGACUAUCAUUGCCCUAAUGUGGACCGGAGUUUGGCUUAACGUGUUGGUUUCGGUACUGAUUGCCGGUGGAUUGAUCUGUUUUCACGGUGCGAUGAGGUUUACGGAUGAUUUCGAUGAAGCCUCGCCUUAUGGAUCUCUGCUUGAUAGUCCUCGAGGGUCUUAUUCUCAGGUUUGAAUACGGAUUUUACAAUUUUAACUUGGAUAUUAUUAUCAUAGGUAUCAUCAUCAUCAUCAUGUACUGCCUAAGAAUUAUUAUCUUAAUUUAUUAAAAUAUUUCACUACUGGUAUUCAAUUGGUUUGCAUAUUCU